AUGUAUUAUCAAAACAUCUACGAAGACCUAGGUGUAGAUCCUGACAUUCCAGAUGGGAUUCGGGAUGAAGACCUGCAGGGUGAUCUGGAGGGUGAUGAGGGGUUUGAGGAUCUGUGCCUUGAUGAGUCCACUGAAUUUUUGGAACUCGAGGGCAAUGACCUGCAGCCCCCUCAGGAACAGACAGUGGCCCUACAACCUCCUGGUCAGCCCUCAUCAUCAGCAGCAGAGUCUUCCUCUCCUGCCUUGUCCACUCAGAGCCAGAUGGAAAGUGUGGGACCAGAUGGCCAAGCUGGUUAUGACCACGUCAUUAGGCUGGCCGACAGUCUGGUUGACCUGCGCCAUCAGGGUUUUGUCACUCAGGGUAAGGUGGAUGAGAUUGUCAUUCUGUGGAAUCAACUGUCAGAUCAUGACAAGGGCACUCUCAUCUAUCCCCCCCGCCACCGUGACAGAGUCCUGAAGGGUCGCUUCAAGGUCAGCCAUUCAAAGACCAGUGUGACCCCUGGAACUGAAAGUCUGAAGAGAUGCUUCCUUGGUAAAGGUGGACCAGCUCAGUGGCCCAGCACAAGCCGGGUAGUGGAAGCCAUCUGCCUGGCUCUAUGCCGAAUUUACCCUGCCGGUCAGACCAUCGCCGGAGUCCGGGUAAACCGAUGGGCUGCCAUCCUAAGGGAUUACAGGAGGAUACGAGACAUAGUCCUGGGCAGCCCCGGAAUCAUGGCUCAGACAAAACUAAAACUGUUUGAGCUAAACCAGCUUACUAUCUCCCAGUGGCACAAUGCCCGAAUAAAGAGUCAGGAGAGGGAGGUCUUGCAGCAGGACAUUGAGCCUUUUACUGCUCCUUUGGUGGCCCCUGAACAGCUCCCACCGGUACUGCCAAAACUACCGGAAGCAAUCCUGCAUGGACACUCAUCCUUUGAGUUUAAAAUACCACAGGAUGCUUCUGGACAGGCAGCAUCGCGUUCUCGAGGCCAGCUUCCUCCAGGGGGUCAAGUCUCUUCUGCCUCUGCGUCUGUACCUGCUGCUGCUGCACAUACAUCUACCACAGCUACCGCAGCACCUGCCACACUCAUACCUGUUGGUACAGUGCUCAUACCUGUUGUGGGGCACCUGAACCAGUUGCAGCAGCAGACGAGAAGAGGGUGCCCAGGACCACAGCGUGGCGACGAAAGAAGCUGGUAG